UCGAACGGUCGUCGGCUACCGAAGCAGCUUUGCGAUUUCACCCGUAACAGGAUCGUAAGUGCAUCCCUGGCGUGUCCUUUCGACGAAAGCUUCUAGACAGUAUCCAUUUAUGAAGUUUGAAAAAUCUCAGAAGAAAUCCUACACAAUCAGUGAACCAAAUCAAGUGAGACCCUCCAAGUGCAAGGAACCAUUAAAAAUCUCCUAAUUGAUUGCUUUGUCAACAAGGCAGAACGUCGAAGAUUGCCAUUUGUCCCUUCCGUUUCGAGAAAGAGGAAAAACCUAUCAUCGAAUUAGCAACAAUAACACUGAGUCGAAUCAUCAAACGGAAUUCGGAAUCCGGAAGGGCAGGGCAGAAGAAGUGGAAAUACGAAACCGCAUCCUCUUGAGUUCGGAACGGAAAGAGAUACGGGAGACCUUGGGCGAUUGUGAGAGGAAAGGGAAAAGUGUCAUAUCUUCCGAGGGGACGACGGUUUAUAGGCUUUAGGGUAGUGCAGUGACAAAAGCGCAGUAGUGCCAGGUAGAGAAACGUAACGACGAUGACGAUGAUGAUGAUGGACUGGGAUAUUGACAUCUUCAACCUGGACAUCGACGAGCAUGCCCUGGACUACAGCAUCCAGUCCAUCAUAUCGGACGAUUCCAUAUUCAGCUCGUUACUACAAUCGAGCAACAUCGCCGACAAUGAACAAACAUCAUUCUCUUCCUCGUCGUCAUCCGAGCCUGAUUCGACACCGUCAGCAUCGUCACCGCAGCUGGAUUCGCUUCUGCAGCAACAACCAACGACGACUUCAACAGCGACGGUCCUGAAACCGCACAAAUGCAUCUCAACCGAGGAGGAAAAGUUGAGUGACCACGAUUCGUCGGGCAUUUCCAGCGGAUCAUCACUGGAUUCUGAGGAGUCGUUUUCUGAGACAACGCCCUCGGAGGGUUCAUCCCACGGCAGUGACGCGGAAAACGAUGCACCCGAGUACCGACCGCACAAGUGUGCCGAGUGUGGUAAGAGCUACACCCGGAAGCUGUAUUUAAUGAGGCACUACGUGCAGCAUACCCGAGAGCGACCCUAUCAGUGUGAAGUUUGCAGCAAAAGCUUCGCCUACGCCAGUUCGCUGUCCUCGCACAGGAAACUGCACCUGGCCAGCGGGGAACAUCGGUGUGAAAUCUGCAGUAAGACAUUCACGACGGCCGAUCUCCUGGCGGCGCACAAAACGGCGGUCCACUACGGGGAACGGCCCUACAAGUGUAAGCAGUGCAAGAAAACCUUCAUCCUGUUGCAUGCCUACAAAAGCCACAAGAAAUGGCACUUGCAGUUUAAUCCGUACAAGUGUGCGGUUUGUGAUAGGGAAUUCAUGAAGAAGAUCAGUUUGAAGUGUCACCUGAGAGUUCACACCGGGGAAAAGCCUUUCUCCUGUGAUAUAUGCCACAAAAGUUUCACGCUAUCUUCGACUCUGUCGUCGCAUAAGAAGCUUCAUGGUGAAAAACCUGCACUGCAGUGUGAAACAUGUGGACGGAUUUUCACCCAAGCCAGCGCCCUUUCGACCCACAAACAUCUACACACGGAAACUCGGCCCCAUAGUUGUGACCUCUGCGGCAAAAGGUUCAUAAGACUGCAUGCCCUCAAGAUCCACAUCCGCACGCACUCCAACGAACGACCGCAUCAAUGUGACCUCUGUCCGAAGACUUUCCUGGAGAAGCACGUUCUGAUAAGACAUCUCAAGACGCACACCAACGAGCGCCCGUACAGCUGCGACACCUGUGGCAAGGCAUUCAAGGAAAAGUACGACCUCUUCCGGCACGUUCUGAUUCACUCCGGACUGAGGCCCCACAAGUGCGACGUGUGUGCGAAAACUUUUGUGCAAUCCAAUGCGUUGACCAAGCACCGGCGGAGGCAUGAGCGGCAAGGGCAGGAAGAUGCCAACAACAACGAAAAUAACCCAAGGAGUUCUACUGGUGGUGAUGCAAUCGGCACCGAGAAGACGACGACGACGACGAUGCUGCAAGUUGAGAAAGUCUAGCCAAGAUGAAGAAGGUGUUAUGAUUACACUCGAUUAUCAUACAUUUACAUGUAUAGUGAAAUUUGAUAUCAAAGAAAAUAGUUGUAAGGUUUUGCGAAAAUAAAUGACGAAGAUGGAUCUGUGAUGGACCAGAA